AUGUCUUGUUCUAAACUUCCUCCAAUUUUCACCAACUAUGGUUACCAACCUUCUAUAUUUUUGGAUGUAUAUCCCACGUCUAUGUCGUCCUUGAAUCGAUACCGUCCUCAGGUUUCUGACUAUGCCCACUCUAUAUCUAGUGAGGAAUCAGCGACGAACUAUCGAGUUGACUAUAUUCAGAUCUGGCUGAACAGUCAUCGGAAUGAGGUGGCGUUAGAAACCUGCCCUGGAUUAAGAUCCUCAUCCUCUCCAGCCGUGGUGCUUGAGAGGGCUGAUUCUCAGGAUAUCUCUUCGGUAGCACCUCCUUCUAAUUCGGAUUCAAGCAAUAGUUCUAUGGAAUGGACGAGCUGCUUAUCUUCUCCUACAACAACACAACACAUACUCUGUGUGGACAAUGUCCAAGAAAUGUCUCUUGAGUCGACCAAAUCGAAAAACACUACGAUUUCGUUUGCGCAUCAACAUUACCCAAUGUUCCCCUUACUCCCUUUCCGAGGCCGAGGUCGAUGCAUGUUCCUUGCCCCCGAAAUCUCUAAUGCCAUUGGUGUCUAUCACCAUAUCAAAGACCUGCUUCAAAACGCAUCGAUUCAACGAAUCAGGGCCUGGCUCAAGACCACAAUUGAGCCUUAUGCACUGGAGCAAUGGCGCAACGUCUCCUAUCUUAAUUAUCUGAAGAGCCUAGUCCCUAUUUCAACAUCUCGGUCUGUUGACCGUGACAUUGAUGAAGCUCAGUCCAACCCAAAUAGCUGUCCAAUAUGCUUUAGAUCUGGAACAAUAAUGAAAAGAAUUAUUGGGUGCCAGCAUCUUAUUUGUUGGAAGUGUGAGCAAGCUUUGGAUUUAGCCGGCAACAUUUCUUGCCCUAUAUGUCGAGGCAUGCGAUUCUCAUCUUCCUAUGUUAAUGUCCUUGACAUGUUUAAGACAACAGUAGGACUGUAUAACAGCGAUUACACUCAUUCCCGCUGCCCAGCACCUACCCAACCUUCAAGAGCACACAAUGUCGAUUACAAUGAAAUCGAUGACGAUGAGGAAUUGGAGCACGAGAUGACAGAUAGAUACCUUUGGGAACAAAGUCAUUCCUUUCUUGAGUACGCUCAUGCACUUUCAACAACCAGCCAACAUCCAUAUCUGCAAUAUUUUCAACUGAAUGCAGCACAAGAUCUUUGCUUCAAGUCCUCUGCAGAAGAGCACCUCCCAGAAUACAACGACCAGGUCGUCCUCGAGCCCCCUAUCUCUGGGGUAGUCCUUCCACCCCAUCGGCUCUAUAUUGUCUUAAUUCACUUCUGCCUUGACAUGCUCACACUCCCUAACCCUGCCGAAUUCCAGCUUCACCGCCCAUCAAAGUACAGACAUGAGAUCUUGUUAAUAGAGCUUGUUAUCUUAUUCUUGGUCCCCACAGACGAAUUCUCACCUCGAGAGCCUAAACGUAUUUACAAUGCAGUCGCCUGGAUUGAACACGGGCAAUUUAUCUUAGCGAGGAUCCAUCGCUUUUUGAAAGCCAAGAAUGAAAGCGAAAAGUAA